AUGCAAUUCUCUACUGUCGCCUCUUUCGUUGUUGUUUCCGGUGCCGUUGCCUUGGCCCAAUCCACCGCCGCUGCUGUGUCUCAAAUCGGUGACGGUCAAAUCCAGGCUACCUCUGGAACCGCAACCGGUACCACUGCUGCCUCUUCCACUGGUAACGCUACCAUUAUCACUCAAACCGGUAACAGUGCUGCCAACAUGGGUUCUGGCGCCGUCGCUAUGGCUGGUUUGGUCGCUGCUGGUGCCAUGCUUAUCUAA